AUACGCGAGGAGGGAGAGAGAACCGUGGCAAGUAUUCUUUCCCGGAGUUUUCUUCGUUGACUAUUCUGGAUUUCCGAUUGAAUUUUUGUUUUUAAUCAUCGCCGUAACUUACUGAACAAAGCCCUUUGUUCAGUUUCUUUACCCUUUUUUUUUUGUAUCUGAAUUUCCUCGAAUUUCUCAGAUAGAUUGACCGGUUUGUUUUAUCGGGAUUAAGAACGUUCUUUCAUCAGGCUCCCCGCAGAAUUUUUCUGGGUUCGUUCGUCUCCGAUCGAACUCUGUUCAGUUUCCGAUCAUCCGGAAACGGAAAAGGGAGUCUGAUUAUUCUUGUUUUUUUUUUCUGGGUAUAGAUUGAAUUUGGAUUCUGGGUCGUGUUCCGAUCCAGUAUUGUUUGUUUCGUGAAGAUGAUGGGAAAGAGUUCUGAGACCAUUGAUAAAUGGAGGGAUUAUUUUGCGAGUGCGAAUUCCGACAUCUUUGGGAUAAUCGAGCACGCUCUCAUGGUGGCGGCCAUGGAUUAUCCCCAGGAGUUCAAAAUGAGGAGGGAUGGGAUUGCAGAGAUUCUCUUCACAUGCAAAGUCACGAAAUGCUCUGGGUGCAACAAGGUUGAGAUGGCUUUGCCUGGUGGGGAUGAGGAGGGUCAUGAUGGGAAGUGUAAGAUGGCCGGGUUGGAUAGGGAAUCUGGGAGCAAGGAGAGCAAGGCAAAUGAUCGUCGCGUGCAGCAGAUGGAGAUGAAUGUGAAACAAACCAGCAAUUACAGCUAUGGUGACGCAGAGGCGUUGACUGAUGAGAUUGAGGAGGAGACUUUGACUGUUGGCGAGGUCUUGAGGAUCAAGAAGGUUCUUGAUAAUUAUGAAGAUGAGUCUGAAUCUAUAUUGUUUGAUUCCCUGAGGAGACUUCAAUUGAUGGGUUUGUCUAUGGAGACACUAAAGGAGACAGAGAUUGGCAAAUCUGUUAAAUGUUUACGAAAACACGGAUCCAAACGGAUUAGUCAUCUUGUCCAGACCUUGAUCAAGGAUUGGAUGGUCAUGGUAGAUGAAUGGGUUAGUGCUACAACAGCACUUACAGAGAGCACUCCAGAGUCUGGAAAAACAUCAACUGUUGUUGAAGAAGACGAGGAAGAGGAGGGACUUCCUUCUCCUCCAUUGGAUGAGGGAGCUUUCUUUACUACUGCUUCAAUGGAGCUAUCACAAUUCUUCGACGGAAUGGAUUUUGAUGGAAAUCCUCAAAACAGCGGGGAAUUCAAGAACCGUUACAUUCCUCCAUUUAGGAAACAACAACUUAACGGAAGAGCGCCAAAUGCAGCUCCAAGGGACCUUAAGAAUGAACCACCAAAGAAGCAAGAAGAAGUUGUCAUGAAGAGACAGGCUUCUGAAUCUAAGCCAAACAAGCAUUCUUCUUCUUCUUCUUCUUCGAUUGUAGAACAAAAGUCGCAGCAGAAAGUAGAUAAAAGCAAGCUUCAGAACAGAGCAGUUGCUCCGCAACAAAAUAACUUCAAGACUACUGAUGAUGAUUCAGUUCAAAAGAAAUUGGAAGUGACCAAGAGGAAACUGCAAGAGCGCUACCAAGAAGCUGCAAAUGCGAAGAAGCAGCGAACAAUACAGGUAAUGGAGUUGCAUGAUAUUCCAAAGCAAGGCCAUGCGGUCCAAAAAAACCAACACGCCAAGGCAGGCAACCACAGCAGCAGGCACAAUGGACGCUGACAAGCCUUUCACAGCACUGCCGAGGAAGAAGAGUGAUAUAUAAAGUCCUCUCUACUCCACACACAUUAUUAUUGUGCAGCAUUCUCUCAUAGCUCCUUUAAAAAAACCGGAGUGUCAGUCUGUAUUGGGAGCCAAUCAUAGUUGCUGCCAUUGAUUCAUAUAUACAUACAUACAUACAUAAGUAUAGUGUUUUUAUUAACAAAGAGCUAGGGAGCAUGAUUUUGUAACCCUUUCAUAAGCUAAAUGUGGCUAUAUAAUUCAUGAUGAGUUGAACUGAUACCCUCUCAUCUGAGUGCAACAUACAGGUUGUUGGUCAAUUCUGCUUUUGUCACUCAACAAAGAAUUGGCUGAUAU